AUGCGGGGGCCCGCCCCUGAACCGCGUUUUACUCAGCGAGGGGAAGCUGGCCCCGGGAGGUUGGGCGGGGCCGCGCAGGAGGGCCGGGCGGGACCGGUGGGCGGGGCUUCGGCGGCGACCCAUGCGUCAUCCGGGAACCGCCUUCGCGCUCUGUCUCUGCUGGGCGCGGGGCGCGGCGUUCCUCCCGGGAACCCCUGCGCGACGGCGGCGGCGUUUCCGGGGAGCCCGUUGGCGGGCGGACCUGGCUGCGAGGAGCGGAAGUGGGCGGUUGCGGGGAGAGCGGAGCGGCGCUGCGGGAGGGACCUGGCCGAACUGGAGGGCGCCGGGGAGCGGAGCGCGGGCGGCCCCCGAGGCCCGGGCGAGAGGACCGCUGCAGGGCCCGUGGCGAGCGCGGCAGCGCCGGGGGAGCGCGGCGGGGAUGGGGCGCCGGGCCGGGUGGGGACCGGGGCCUCGGCCCUGUUUGCGGGGCUGCAGGAUCUGGGUGUGGCCAACGGGGAGGACCUGAAGGAGACGCUGACCAACUGCACGGAGCCGCUCAAGGCCAUCGAGCAGUUCCAGACAGAGAACGGCGUGCUCCUGCCUUCCCUGCAGUCCGCCUUGCCUUUCUUGGACCUGCACGGGACGCCGCGGCUGGAGUUCCACCAGUCGGUUUUUGAUGAGCUUCGGGACAAGCUGCUGGAGCGUGUGUCCGCCAUCGCUUCAGAGGGGAAGGCCGAGGAAAGGUAUAAGAAACUGGAGGACCUCCUGGAGAAGAGCUUUUCUCUGGUGAAGAUGCCGUCUCUGCAGCCAGUGGUGAUGUGCGUGAUGAAGCACUUGCCCAAGGUUCCUGAGAAGAAGCUGAAGCUGGUGAUGGCCGACAAGGAGCUGUACCGGGCUUGCGCGGUGGAGGUGAAGCGGCAGAUCUGGCAGGACAACCAGGCGCUCUUCGGUGACGAGGUCUCUCCGCUGCUGAAGCAGUACAUCGUAGAGAAGGAGAGCGCGCUCUUCAGCACGGAGCUCUCUGUCCUGCACAACUUCUUCAGCCCUUCCCCCAAAACCAGGCGCCAGGGCGAGGUGGUGCAGAGGCUGACACGGAUGGUGGGGCGCAACGUGAAGCUCUACGACAUGGUCCUGCAGUUCCUGCGCACGCUCUUCCUGCGCACCCGCAACGUGCACUACUGCACGCUCCGCGCCGAGCUGCUCAUGUCCCUGCACGACCUGGACGUGGGCGACAUCUGCUCCGUGGACCCCUGCCACAAGUUCACCUGGUGCCUGGACGCUUGCAUCCGAGAGCGGUUCGUGGACAGCAAGAGGGCCCGCGAGCUACAGGGCUUCCUUGACGGAGUGAAGAAGGGGCAGGAGCAAGUCCUAGGGGACCUGUCCAUGAUCCUGUGUGACCCCUUCGCCAUCAACACCCUGUCUCUGAGCACCGUCAGGCACCUGCAGGAGCUGGUGGGCCAGGAGGUGCUACCCAGGGACAGCCCGGACCUCCUCUUGCUGCUCCGGCUGCUGGCGCUGGGCCAGGGCGCGUGGGACAUGAUCGACAGCCAGGUCUUCAAGGAGCCCAAGAUGGAGGUGGAGCUGGUCACCAGGUUCCUGCCCACGCUCAUGUCCUUCGUGGUGGAGGACCACACCUUCAACGUGGAUCAGAAGCUCCCAGCCGAGGAGAAGGCCCCGGUCACAUAUCCAAACACACUGCCGGAGAGCUUCACCAAGUUCCUGCAGGAGCAGCGCAUGGCCUGCGAGGUGGGGCUGUACUACGUGCUGCACAUCACCAAGCAGAGGAACAAGAACGCGCUUCUGCGCCUGCUGCCGGGGCUCGUGGAGACCUUCGGUGACCUGGCGUUUGGGGACAUUUUCCUGCACCUGCUCACGGGCAGCCUGGCCCUGCUGGCCGACGAGUUCGCCCUGGAGGACUUCUGCAGCAGCCUCUUCGACGGCUUCCUCCUCACCGCCUCCCCGAGGAAGGAGAGUGUGCAGCGGCACGUCCUGCGGCUCCUGCUGCACCUGCACCACCGGGUGGCCCCGUCCAAGCUGGAGGCGCUGCAGAAGGCGCUGGAGCCCACGGGCCAGAGUGGAGAGGCGGUGAAGGAGCUGUACUCCCAACUUGGAGAGAAGCUGGAGCAGCUGGACCACCGGAAGCCCAGCCCAGCCCAGGCCCCCGAGACGCCAGCCCUGGAGCUGCCCCUGCCGGCGGUGCCUGCCCCGGCUGUGCUCUGAGGCUCUGCUUGGGGCCGCUCAGGGCGGGCAGGGCCCCUGCCGGGGGCGUGGCCCUGGUCAGCCUGGAAAGGAGGCUCUGCGUUCCUGCCCCACAGACCCUCUCCUGGAGGUGGCCGUUGCUGAGGCCUCCUGUGGGCAGGGCACCCUGUCUUGCACUCAGCGCCCUGAGCUGGGUCCCGGGAGGCGCUCACCUCCUGUGUGAGGGGCCCAUGCCCCUGCUGCUCCCAGGCCCCUGGCCAGCUCCGUGGAGCCCCGGCCUUGCUCCAGGCCUCGCUGCCCCCUCCCACUCCCACACCGUGGAAAGCUGCCUGCUUGUUCCUCCUGGAGUCAGGGGUUUCCACUGCUGUCGGGCAGACAGACGGGCAGUCACCUGGGACUGAGAAAGAGUCACCUGUUUUCCCAGGGGUGGGGUGGGGCCUGAGGCCCACCGGGAAGUGGGCAGGUCAGGAUGGUUGUCACAGAUUGGCAGAAUCACACAAUUUGCUGGCAGGGGCGUCUGCAGACGGAGCCUAGUUCUCUCCAAGGAGCUCCUGCCACUGCCCACAGCCCCGUGGAGCAGGUGUUAGGGAGGAAAACCCAGCCCCGCCCCCACUGCCUCAAUUUACCCUUGGAGCACAUGGCCAGGCGAGGGUCAGCUGUUGCUCAUAGUUGCGACUUCACUUUUGUAAAUAAAAGGUGUUUUGGUAAAUCCA